AGCCACAUUUCAUUUAAAAUAAUUUCAUAACCAUUUAAUUAAAUAUCGGUCUGCAUAUAAACCUAAUACAUGAAAACGAAUGUUGACUGAAAUGCGACAUUUGUUCUUAUCAAGGAGCACAAGUUUUGUAAUUCUUCAUUUUGUUGGCACCAAGACAAGUCUUUAGUUAGCAGUGAUAAUUACUCGGAUCUAUUUUAAACGAGUAUUGUGUUAGAGACGAGCAGAGAUGCCCGCGCGCUCGCCCUAAAAACUUUUUGUUAAACACAAUAAGAAAAAAUGGAUUAUAGCAGGCGCGAAAUACCAGUCUGCGAAGUUUGCCAGCAACCAGCCAACCAAACAUGUGGAGGAUGCAAGCUAGUGUAUUACUGUUCAAAGGCUCACCAAAAACUUGCCUGGAAAGAAGGCCACAAAUUAAAAUGCUGCGCUUACAAGAUUAAUUACUCAGAAGAAUUAGGGAGACACAUGGUAGCUACAAGAGAUAUUCAACAAGGUGAAAUAAUAUUGAGAGAAAAGCCAGCAGUGAGCGGCCCAAAAAUGUCCUGCACAGCACAUUGCUUGUCAUGUGGCAUUAAACUUCAACCAGUACAGAAAGCUGAUCAAUUAGAUUUCUACAAAUGUUCCUCUUGCAGUUGGCCAAUGUGUGAUGCUGAUUGCGAAAAAGCUGAAGUACACAGAGAAGAAUGCAAACUUAUGACGAAGAGAAAUUAUAAAUGCAAUAUUAAAUACGAACGUCCUGACAAAACAGAGGCAGCGUAUUGCGUCAUUGCACCAAUGAGAGUGCUUUUGAUGAAAGAAACUAAUCCACGUCAAUAUGAAAAUAUAAUGAGUCUGGAAUCACAUUUGAAAGACAGAAUAAACACACCUUUAUAUCUCGUGUUAAAGGCCAACCUUGUCACUUUUGUCAUUCAAGUGCUUGGACUGUCGUUUGAUGAGGAAACUAUUUUGAAAGUAUCUUCGAUAUUUGACACUAACUCCUUUGAUGUGAGAUCUCCGGAUGGAUCUAAAAGGUUACGUGCUAUUUACGUGACAGCGUCGAUGAUGAACCAUAACUGCAGACCUAAUACGCGGCAUAUUUAUAUAGGUAAUGAUUAUAAUUUAGCUCUCAUUGCUACUGUACCGAUUUCCAAAGGCGAAUUAAUAACUGCAACGUACACACAGUCAUUAUAUGGAACUUUAGAUAGAAGAAAACAUAUCAAAAAAAUUAAUAAGUGCUUCGAUUGUGAAUGUGAAAGAUGUAGAGAUCCAACGGAAUUCGGUACAUAUUUAGGCAAUAUUUACUGUUCCGUCUGUAACGGUUCUAGCUUAGACCUGACGCCGGAAAAAAAUGGUAUGUUAGUUUCAACAAAUCCUUUAGAUGAGUCAGCAUCUUGGAAAUGUGAAAAAUGUGGAUAUUGCAUACAGAGUAGACAAAUGUUCUGGGGCAAUAAUGCGUUGAAACAAGAAAUAAAUGCACUUAACAAGUCAGGACCAAGAGAAUUCGAAGAAUUUAUAGAUAAGUAUAAAGCGACACUUCAUCCUACAAAUCAUUUGGUGAUUCAAGCUAAAUUAGCGUUGAUGCAGAUUUAUGGAAACUAUAAAGGAUAUACUCUAACAGAGCUUCCAGAAUAUCUACUAAAACGUAAAAUAGAUCUAUGUCAUGACCUUCUGGAAGUCGCUGAUAAGCUCGAACCGGGCUGGACAAGGUUUCGCGGCACUAUAUUGCUAGAACUACAAAGUGCUAUGGCAAUGCAAACCAAGAGAGAGUUCGAAGAUGAUAAGCUAACAAAGGCAGGAGCUCAGGAUCAGUUAAUGGAAAGCAUGGUGUUGCUCCAAGAAGCCACAAAUAUAUUGAGAAUUGAACCUCAAAUGAAAGAAAUUUUAGAAACAAAAGUUCAAGAUUUAUCAAAUUUGCUAGACAAUACCAAUAUUUAAGAAGUAACACCUUCACGUUCUAUUUCAAGAAGUUUCAAAAUUGGAAAUUCUUAUAUUUUUAAAGUUUGAACAACAGUGUAGUAAACGUCCAUUAAAAUAAAUUUCA